UGGCAGUGGAGCUCGUUGCACAAAAAGUCAUCACUUUGAGAAGUAAAAGCUCUUGCAUUACAUUAUCGGCGAUUGCUACCUUCGUUAUCAGUUGCGCCUACCUCGCGGCCAUUAAAUCACGCGAUCUGGAGUAUGUUUUGCUUGCGAACCGGAAGUAUAUCAAGAGCGCUAACCUGUAGUUUUCUUCUGUUACCACCCAGAACCGUUGCCGGCAGCAGCAGCAGCAUGUCUUCUGAAGCACCACCCCCACCACAGAACUACGAGCCCGGUUUACACUCGAUCGCCUAUGUGACUACCCCGAACGAAAACUCUGCGAAAACAUUGGCCCGGCUGUUGGUCGAACGCAAGCUGGCCGCUUGCGUGAACAUCAUACCUGGCAUUAUGUCGAUUUACGAGUGGGAAGGUAAAAUCAACGAAGACCAAGAACAAUUGCUGAUGAUUAAAACUCGGACCAGCAGGGUGAACGAGCUAAGCAAGUUCGUCCGGGAUAAUCAUCCGUACAGUGUGGCGGAGGUGAUUUCCGUUCCGAUCGAAAACGGUAACCCGCCAUAUCUGGAGUGGUUGAGCAAGACCAUUCCGGAGGGAAAGAAUUAAGGCAAAAACUCAAUUAUGGAUACAAGGUAACACGAUUUUUGAUUAUAUUAAUAUAGCUUUAUGUUGAGGGAUUUUUAA